AAACCCUGCUCAGUCAGAGAGAGAUGAUGGGACCUGUCAGUAGGUCACUGGAUGAGGGUAUUCUCUCUUUAGGUCACAGGUGAAGAAUUUUCUCUCUGUGCUGGUGGAUUUAAUUGUCUCUUACAAUAUGGCAGGCUGGUGGCUUCAAAGCCUCUCAUUGGCCAAUACAUAGCAAUCUUCCUAGUGAUUGUCUCUCUGGUGAAUGUUAUAAUAACGUGUGCCAGCCUGUAGAAAGUUCUCUCUUGUUUUGUUAUAUUUCAGACAUCAUAGUUUUUAUGGUUUUAGAGUUUUCAUACAUUCAUUGCAGGCGGCGCCCCACUGUCUGAUUCAUAUCGCUUGAUUUCUAAUGAUAGUUGUCGAUUAGAUCGACUGAUUGCAAUUGAAUCGGGUGUUCACUACGUAAGUGAAUGAAAGCUCUUAUUUGCAUAUCCAAACCUUCUGUCUGCCAGCCCCCGUAUCGCGAAGCGACACCUCGACAAAAUAUUUUGAAUGUGGGCGGAACUUCCGGCUGAGUGUACCCGGAAGAUUUGGAUGCAAGUUUCUCGGACGUUCACCCAUAUGUUCGCUUUUUAUGUAUCGAUCACUGGUUUUUAUUUAAUUUAGGUAAUUUUAUAAACUCAUUACUGGGACGAUGUUGUCUUUAGAUUUCCUUGAUGAUGUGCGGCGGAUGAAUAAGCGCCAGCUCUACUACCAGGUGCUUAAUUUUGGUAUGAUAGUGUCCUCAGCCCUGAUGAUCUGGAAAGGACUGAUGGUCGUGACAGGCAGCGAGAGCCCUAUUGUUGUCGUCCUCAGUGGAAGUAUGGAGCCUGCUUUCCAUCGAGGAGACCUUCUGUUCCUGACAAACCGGGUCGAGGACCCCAUCAGAGUCGGAGAGAUUGUGGUCUUCAGGAUAGAGGGCAGAGAGAUCCCCAUAGUACACAGAGUACUAAAGAUUCAUGAAAAGGAAAAUGGCGAAAUCAAGUUCCUGACCAAAGGUGACAACAACUCUGUAGAUGACAGAGGGCUGUACAAGCCGGGACAGCACUGGCUAGAGAAGAAAGACGUGGUGGGACGAGCCAGAGGGUUUGUGCCAUACAUCGGAAUCGUUACCAUUCUGAUGAAUGACUAUCCCAAAUUCAAGUACGCUGUUCUCUUCCUGCUCGGUCUGUUUGUCCUGGUCCAUCGGGAGUGAGGAAGAGACUACCUAACUAUCUACCACGGAGGAAGAAUUGUAAAUCCCCACCCCACCAUGCCUUUCAAGACAGAAUUAUGUUGAUUAUGUCAAAUUAAGUUGCUUUUUCUCUACCAUGUGUUUUGAAUUGUGUCUAGAAAUGUGGAUAGUGUUUACAUUAUAUAAAAACAAGCAUUCAUUAUUUUUGUGAGGGAAAUUAGAUAUAAGUUAAGUAGAACAUGAAUCCAACAUUUUAGAUGGUUAAUUGUGUAUUUUGUUUUCACAUUUAAUUAGGUUUUGCUUUGCUUGAUAUAUUGAAUGACAUGUGAUAUGUUUGUGACAUUAAAUAUGACAUCUGUUACCCUCUA